UGUCCGUCAGAGAGUUGCAGACUGUCGGAGCAGCAACAUGUCCGCUGUCGCCGCUGCUGCAGGCCCUGCCCCCUGGAGGAACAACAGCCUGGUGAUGGGGGGGGGGCGGGACCCUCCCCUGUCUGACCAGGGAGACACCAUCAUUGGAGUCUACCUGCUGCUGCUCGGGUGGCUGUCCUGGUUUGGAAACAGCAUUGUCCUGUUCGUGUUGUGCCGGCAGAGAGCCACGCUGCAACCCACCGACUACCUGACCUUUAACCUGGCCGUCUCCGACGCCAGCAUCUCCGUGUUCGGCUACUCCAGAGGCAUCAUCGAGAUCUUCAACGUGUUCCAGGGCAGCGACUUCAUCAUCUCCUCCAUAUGGACCUGCGAGGUAGACGGGUUCUUUACACUGAUAUUUGGUCUGAUCAGCAUCCUCACGCUGACGGCGAUCAGCAUCACGCGCUACAUCAAAGGCUGCCACCCCAGCAGAGCCCAUCACAUCACCCGGACCAGUGUAUGCGUGACUCUGCUGCUCAUCUGGAUCACAGCUGCAUUCUGGGCCGGAGCGCCUCUGCUCGGCUGGGCCAGCUACAAAGAUCGGGGGUACGGGACCUGUGAGAUCGACUGGGCCAAAGCCAGCUACAUGCCAGCCUACCGCGCCUACAUCAUCUCCAUCUUCAGCAGCUGCUUCUUCCUGCCGGUGCUCAUCAUGCUCUUCUGCUACAUCUCCAUCAUCAACACGGUGAAGAGAGGGAACGCCAUGGCCGCCGGGGGGGAGCUCUCCGACCGCCAGAGGAAGAUCGAGAGAGACGUCACCAUCGUUUCCAUCGUGAUCUGCACGGCGUUCAUCCUGGCAUGGUCUCCGUACGCCGUGGUGUCCAUCUGGUCCGCCUGGGGCUACCACGUGCCCAACCUCACCAGCAUCUUCACGCGCCUCUUCGCCAAGUCCGCCAGCUUCUACAACCCGCUCAUCUACUUCGGCCUCAGCUCCAAGUUCCGUAAAGACGUGGUCGUGCUGAUGCCGUGCACGCCCGACGCCAAAGACACCGUGCGGCUGAAGCGCUUCAGACCCAAAGCCGACGCCAGACUCAAAGUCCCGCUGAACCGCACCGAGAAGAAGUAUUCGCCCGGCAACAACCCGUACCCACUGCCGGAGAGCCCGCCCGCCACGCCCCCGCCAGCCAACACGGAAGUGUUCUACACGGCCACACCCCUCCCAUCGGAGAGCAGCGUCGCCAACAAGGAAAUGUUCUACACGGCCACACCCCUCCCACUGGAGAGCAGCGUCACCAACAAGGAAGUGUUCUACAUCAACAUGCCCCGCCUCUCGGAGAGCAGCGCCGACUUUGAGUGUGACAGACUCUGAUGUCCCAACGCAGUCUCUGACCAACGCGUACGAGAGUUAACGGCCGAAUAAAGAUGUUUUUAUAUUUAAUACUUGUAUUUAGUUUGCAGAGUAGAGACCAUUUUGCGUUGUUUGUUUCCCACGUAGAAGAAUUUCUGCAGAAAGUAAAUGGUGGGAAAAAGAAGAAUAUAAAUGUUUUUAUGUCCUUUUUAUUUAUAUUCAGCAUAUAUUUAGACUAACAGAUAUCUUUAUGAAUUUUCCAGCUGAUUACUGACUUUAAGACAAUCAUCUUUUCAAGUUUUCUGUAUAAAUUAAACAUGCAUAUUAAACAUUAUCUUGUUAAGUAACAGAAAUGUGAGUUUUGGAUAAAGCCAGGUUUCAUUGUGUUGACAUGUUAGAGUCUCAACAGUGGUGGUGGUGGCCCAGUGGAUAUCACACAUGCCUUUGGUGUGGGAGCUCUGGGUUUGAUUCCCACUGCGAUACAUCAACCAACGUGUCCCUGAGCAAGGCACUUAACCCCUAGUUGCUCCAGAGGCCAGCUUUUCCUGGCAUCCCUCAGAGAAAAACUAAAUAUUUUCAACCAAUCAGAUUGAGGCUAAGUUUGACCAAGGUCAACACUGAAUGGUCAAUUCAUCGUAAGGAAAAAAACCAGAGAAGCCCUGGCUUCUCACCAAUCACAUGCCUCAAACAGAUGAGUAACUAUGGUAACAGGCCGGUGUCAGCUAACAGUCAGUUAGCAGCAAGUUUACAAAAUGGAUGGCAAUCUUGAGUUUCUUGAUAAAAAUUACUUCACUUAACUUGCUUUUGAGCUACAACUGAAAGUUAAAGAGAGCGGUAGCCCUACACCGAAGCUGGAUCUAACUCAGGGGAGAGCAAAGGGAAAGCGUCCAUCUUUUUGUGAUGGGAACUAUGCCAAAACUGAAUGGCUAACAGGAAGGCUUUUCUGCUGGCCUUGCCUGUUGUUUGACCAGUCAAGCUGCAGCAGCUCUUUAAACAACCCAUGGAGCCAAGCCAGAUUUGCCGAUCUGAUCUGAGAGAGGCAUUCAAAACCACAAAGUCACAUAACAUCUGAACUCAAACUCAAACUUUUUGGACGACUUAGGAUAAAUGAAGCCUUGGAUCAAGCGGCUGUAAUAAGUGUGUCAAGGAAGCCAUAACUGCUGUGGUGAUGCAGGCAAGCCAACUACGAUGGAGGAAGCUGCAUGAGUGGACAAAGAGGCGGUCUACAGGAACUCGUCAAGGUGAAAUGUCCACAUGCUCUGUUCAUUCACUGCUAUGCACACAAACUAAAUUUAGUUUUGGCUCAGGGGACAAGCAACAUUCAGGAAUCAAAGCUCUUUUUUGCCUCUCUUGACUGCUUCCACAACUUCUUCAGCCGUUCAUGUAAACGGAUAGCACUACUCGCUGAGGUGGAGUACCUGGUGGGAGUACCACUUGGUGGAACUUUAAAAGCCGGGCCGUGCAUGCUGUACAUGAGGGCGUACAUCAUUGAUGAUUGCUUUUGACCGGAUCAUGACUGAGCCUGGAUGGGACAAGGAUGCACAGAGCUCUGCCCUGAAACAGGAAUUGAACAACUUUGAUUUCAUUUUCAUGCUUGAGGUUUUUCAAACCAUUUUUGGCCACAUUGAACUACUGUUCCAGGUACUCCAGAGCAAAGCCUUGGACAUCACAAAAUGUGACGCCUGAGUCAACAGCACUCUUAAUGCACUGAGAGCUACCCGAAACAAACAUUCAACCGGCUGUAUGACAACACGGUGGAGACUGUUGGAGCACCAAACCAGCGACGCAAAUGCAGCCGUCGGGCCUGGGAGGGCUUCGAGCUAGGAGUCAGAGCAGAUGGCAACCAAGAGGACACGGGCAACGCGGUUAACUACCGACGCCUCUUCUUCCAACUGCUUGAUGGCAUUGUGCAGCAUAUGACACAACAAUUCCAAGACAUGAAGAAUCUGAGUUUUUUUCAUGUCCUGGAUAAUGCCUUGUUCAAGACGUACUCCCAGCCUGCAGGAUUCCCGAGCCGUGAGAUCACUCAGCUGGUUGAGACCUACCCACUGUUUGAUGAACAGAGACUGGGAAAUGAACUGCAGGUCAUCUAUGCAGAUGCCCUCUUUCACAAGCCACCAGCUGAGCUGCUGGAUAUGCUCGUAACAGAUGAGCUGACCACUGCCUUAUGUGAGGUAUGCAAACUACUGAGGCUGCUGCUCAUCAUACCCGUUACAAGCACAUCUGCAGAAAGGUAUUUUUCCUGCUUGAAAAGGAUUCAAACCUACCUCAGAAACAGCUGUGGACAAGAGAGACUGGGCCACUUGGCGAAGAUAUCAAUGGAAGCCACUGUAACACAAAACCUGAAGUCCCAUGGAGAGCUAUGUGACAGAGUCACUGAGCGCAUUGCCACAAUGAAGGAUAGGAGAAUGUCUUUCCUCUACAAGUAGAGGUGAGUUAAAAAAAAAAAUUGGACUCACACAGUGACUGUCUGUCCCA